AUGGCCAAGCCUGUGGGAGCUUCCCCCAGCUGUGGGAGAAUCUGGCAGGAGAUCUCCGACCUCACCCUGCUGGAGCAAUGCUUGGUUGGGAGGGAGGGAGAGAAAGGCGAGAACAGUUCCUCAGUCAGCAAGAGCCAGAAUCGUGAGCUUAGUUGCCUUAAGCGCAGCAGAAAGAGGGUCCCCGGAGGAGCUGUGCCUGCAGAAGCCAAGCCCAGGCUUAUAGCAGAUGCCGAGCCAGGACCUGGGCAGGAGCAGGGACCUGAAGCCUCCGUAAGAGACCCUGGCUGCUGCCCAGUACACCACUGCCUCGGAACCAGGAACAGCUGGCCAGCACAAAAAGAGGAUUAUCCCUCACAAGAAGCAGAAAGUAGUGGAACCAGCAGUUCAAAAGGAAGAAGUUUUGCUGGCCGGAAAGUUCCAAAUACAAAUAAUGCCUCUGAAGAGUUAUACGAAGUGGAUGAAUUUAUAGCAAAAGCCCUCACAGGAAAGCUGACUACAGUUUUUCUUCCCAUUGUCUAUAUUAUUGUCUUUAUCAUUGGUUUGCCAAGCAAUGCCAUGGCCCUCUGGGUCUUUUUUUUCCGAACGAAGAAGAAACAUCCGGCUGCAAUUUAUAUGGUUAACUUGGCAUUGGCAGACCUUCUUUUUGUUGUCUGGUUCCCGCUGAAGAUUGCGUACCAUGUAAAUGGCAAUAAUUGGCUAUUUGGUGAAGGUCUCUGCAAAGUACUUGUUGGAUUUUUCUAUGGAAAUAUGUACUGUUCCAUUCUCUUUAUGACAUGUCUCAGUGUGCAACGGUAUUGGGUUGUAGUGAACCCCAUAGUGCAUUCGAGAAGGAAAUCUGAAAUUGCCUUGGGCAUCUCCCUUGGUAUCUGGAUACUGAUUUUGUUGGGCACCAUUCCAUUGUAUCUUGUUAAUCAGACAGCAUACAUUUCAAAUCUUAACAUUACUACCUGCCAUGAUGUGUUGCCUGAAAAUGUUUUGCCUCAUAACAUGUUCAGUUAUUUCCUCUCACUUGCAAUUGGACUCUUCUUAAUCCCAGCUCUCCUCACUGCUGUCGCUUACAUACUAAUGAUUAAGACUCUGAAUGCUUCCAUCUCAGAUAUAAGCACUGGGAAGAAACGAAAAAGAGCAAUCAAACUCAUUAUCGCUGUCCUGUCUAUGUAUCUCAUCUGUUUUACACCUAGCAAUGUACUGCUUGUUGUGCACUAUUUGCUCCUCAAAACAUACAGCCAGAGCUAUCUGUAUGCGUCAUACAUAACUGCACUGUGUCUUUCUACUUUGAACAGUUGUAUUGAUCCAUUCAUCUAUUACUAUAUUUCAAAAGACUUCAGAGACAACCUUAAAAAUGCUCUUCUUUGCCGAAGUGUGCGAACUACACGGAGGAUGCAAGUGUCUCUCUCAUCGAGCAGGUACCCCAAGAAAUCAAAUUCUUACUCUUCAAACUCAAAUGGGACCACUAAAUCAACCUACUGA